AUGAUAAUUCCAUUGGACCCGCCCGAGGCAUUCUACGACCUCUUCGAGCCAUUCCCUCUCAACCUACCUGCGAUGCCAUCGACUGCCUCCAGACUCAGCACAAUUCCUCGAGGUCUGUGCUCCCCCACCACUUCACAGAUGUUAUUCCAUAUCGGUCCACCUACUACACCUACAAAUACCCUUCCCAAACGACCAGUCUUACGAAAAUCAGCAACCAGAAGAUUGAAAGCCAUCUGUCAAAGAAGCAAUGCUACUCCAUACAACAAUCCAAACUUUUCUUCAACUGCCAGACUCACAAACCAGAAGGAGAUGGAGAGGAACUUACCAGAAGAUCCGUGGGCACCUAGAAAGCACCUCAAGCCAGAGCAGGAAGUGGUAGAGAUGGAAGACAAAAUUCAAGAAGUAUUGGAAAUCUCUCUGACUGACCGAUCAGGUUCGACCUCACGAGUCCAGCCUACCUCGCACAUCUUACAACUCACUAGGUCUCUAUCCAAAUUAUGCGGUACAUUCUCACCUUCAACUCUUUUUCACACCGCUCUGAAAGAAAUCGCUUUGGACGUAGGUAUGAAAGAUCAUUAUCCAUGGUAUAACUACACCAUUAGCUUAGACGAUGUCUUCACCAAAGCGCUCGAAAAGCUCUUGGAACCUUAUGAUGAUGUUCAGAAUGUUUCGAGGUACUAUCAUCGAAUUAUGAAUGAUCAAACACUUAUGGGGAAGUAUAAUCCGCCUGAUGUACUCUGGGUUUUAGUACAAACUGCAGAUCAACCCAUUUUAGAUAGUCUAUAUCGAAUCAUCAAAAAGAGGUUAGAUAGAUGUAGUAAUACCCAACGGGGAAUAGUCUUGGUACUUUUGUUGAAGAAAGUGCAAGAAACUAGAUGGAGGAAGUUCAAAGGUUGGAAAUCGUUUGCUGAAUCUGUAGGAUUGAUGUACGUUCAGAAUGGAUGUGUGAUAGAUGAUAGUAUGGGUAUACCCAAGCUUAGUGCGGAUGAUAUUAGAUUGGUCAUCGGGGUGGGAGGUUAUGGGAAGAGGAGAAGAGAGGAUUAUGAGUUGGAGAUGGACGAGGAGACAGGAAGGAAUAAGAGGAAGAGGUUAGGAAGUCAAUGGAAUGCGGUGUCUUUUGAGAUAUGA